AUGCCCGAUUUGGGGGGUUUUGGACGAUUUCUGGGCGGAAUACAAGGUUUUGGGGUGGAAUUCCGGGGAUCUCUGUCGACCCAGAUGGUUAGGGGUUGGGGAAUUGGGGAAAGCGGUAGAAAGUAUCUUUUACUCAGCAUGAACUCCCAUGGUGCCGGAUGGCGGACUCCGAAAAGGCGGCGGACUACGACUAAGUCUCAUUCGCGGCUUUUGGACCUCAACUGCCCCCCUGCUGAAGGGGCUGGUGAGGGGGCUCUACCUUUCAACAGCAUGCCUGUAUCGCACAGCGAGGCUUCAAGCAGUAUGCUUGUGCAGCACAUCCAGGCUUCGAGCAGUACGCCACCGGCUACUGAUGAGCCUCGCAUUGGCAUGCAUAGUUGCCCCAUCGAUGUGGAAGCCAUCGAUGAUGAUGUUGUUAUCUAUUCUUCAAGAUCACUCCCUCUAGCAAGACAACAGUCGACCAGGACAGCAGUUGUGAUAAUAGAUGAUGAUUCUGAAACAAACCCAGAACCAGCAGGUGAUGCUCUUGAUGAGCAUGUGAACACACUGCUAUCUCUGGGCAUAAACCGUAGGCACGAGCCUCUGAGAGCAACCAAUGCCCGCCCUGUAAUAAGUAUAGUGGACACACCAGAAGUCAACACCUUCAAGGCACCCCCUGAACCUGUGAAGGAGGUCCCGAAGGAACCAAAGUUCAGCUGCCCAAUCUGCAUGAACGAGCUAACGGAAGCGGCGUCCACCGUCUGCGGCCACAUUUUCUGCCAGAAGUGCAUCAAGGCUGCCAUUCAGGCCCAGAAGAAGUGCCCUACCUGCCGGAGGAAGCUUACUCCAACCCAGCAGCACCGGGUGUACCUCCCAUUGACUGAGUAG